GCCCGGGCGUACGAAUCGUGCGUUGUUUUCUUUGCUAACGUGAGUACCACUGGUCACCUAAUUUCGAUGUGGAAGGCUGCUGGCGUGGACACAACUACAUGGAUGAACGCGGCCAACUUCUCGCAGCUCUUCACCCUCGUGAUUCGCAGCACUCUGAACAAUCACCUUCCAUCUGCUUUGAGUGUUCAUUACGAUGAACAUGGAACAGUGGAAAUAUACACCGGCAGCCCGAUUGAAAUGAACAGCAACAACUCUGACCUGAUAAGCGCGUUGCUAGACGAGGCCUCUUCCGCACUGGAGCUCCGCUACCUUUGGGCGCUAGGCAUCAAUGUGAAGCGCUUGGACGACGCUGUGCGUGUGUUUACCCAGGAAGAACGAGCCCAUUUGAAGUCUUUGCGUACAGUGGAAAAAGGUGCAUUGGACCUGGACGCAGUCGGUGUCAGGUGGUUGCCCGUCCUCAAUGCGUACGCUGACUCGUCAUCGCGACCGGCGGCUCGGACUCUUCGAACGAACGAUGUUGCAGCGGUUCGUGGCAUUCUGAACGCUCUGGCAAGCAGCAAGCUGGAGACCACGCGUGUGUACUUGCUGCUCGCGCCUUUUGCUCCCUUCAUAGCCUAUGCGUGGGAAACAGCACGAGAACCGCCAAUGCACGUCGAUAAAGUGCGAAGAAGGUGCGUGGAUGUCUUGCACUUGCAGUUUAAACGAACACUGCAGACAAUCAUGGCUGUGGAUGAGGAGAGUGAGGACAAGGUGGCGGACACCGUCGUUGACAUCUGGAAGCAUGUUCGAGGAGUGGCGCUGGAACGGUGGAAUUUCAGCAAAUGGCUGGAGCUCAACAAGACAGUGCUGCGCAGUCACACAAGUGCUGCCAAAAUACACACUGAACUAGAGCCUGUGGAUGUAGAAGAAGAACCUGCGCUGAAAGAACCUUACAGCGAUGACUUCCUAAGCAACCUUGUUCUGAACACCAGACUCACGGGACGUCGGAUCAAUAUAAGCCAAGGAUUGGUGCACUUGCCACUUAUUCGGGGACAAUUUGAAGCCGUUCACAUGCAACCCGACUUUCUCUACCCAAUGGCUCCGGAGCCCAGUGUAAACUACGGAACGAUGGGCGUCUUGAUCGCGAAUAUGAUGUUUGACUCCGCUUUGCGGCCCGCUUCGCAAAACGGCAAGCCCCAAGUGCAAAGACAGGCCGAAGAAGCUUUCGGAACGUGUCUCGCCUCAUAUGCGAAAGAGACGCUGAAUAUCCUAUUCGAGCCGAACGAGUGGAAGGUGCACUUAAGAACGAAGUGGGCUAUGGAAGCGGCGCUAUUGGCCACGAGACGCAACCAGAAUUUUGUUGCAAAGCAUGUCUUAGACCGAUUUCUCUUGGUGCGUUUUGGGCGCACCUUUUGCGGUGAGACGUUUCUUUCGCCGCUGCAAUUUGCGACCAAGUCGUCAAAACUCUUUGCCACAGUCUUCGGUUGUAAGCGUGCCAAUGAGGCCACGUGCUAAGUAACAUUGACUGCUUCCAGAAGGUUAUAAACUGUGGAUCUCUUGUUGAAUUAUUGUAUGAACUAAUGAAACAGCAAGUGAACCAAUACUGUGAAGAAUUAUAGGAAUUUUAUAAUUAUAGCGUUGCAGCAGUCAAGAAUUCUCGAAUGAUUUCGAACAUUUGGGUUUGCAACAUUGAAUGUAGUUGGCGUCACAAUAAAGGAUGAGGAAAUUGCAGAUGAUAUGGCAGUAGUCAGAAAGUUUUUCAAGACGGUAGCCUCUGUAAAAU